CCGCAUACGCCUCAGUCCAUGCGACUCCAUACGUAAAUCGUUCCUCGUCCUCGCCGAACUCCACUAAAACCCUAACUCUCUCUCUCUCUCUCUCUCUCUCUCUCUAUUUCCUAAACAAACCCAGUAGUAGUAGUAGUAGUAGAAGAAGAAGAACAAGAAGAAGAAGAAGAGUUGAUCCGUAUCUGACCUAGGGUUUCAUUUGGUCUGUAAGAAAAGGAUUCUUCUGAUGGAUAAGCUUGCUAACGUCUUCUCUGUUCUUACCUUGGAUGCUGAAGAUGAUACAGAUCAAAUUACAACUCUAGUUGCUGCCAAAGAUGAAAGCAAAUCUCCUAAAUCAGCUAAAGACGGCAAAAAAGGUGAAUCAUCAGGAAAAGAUAAUUCACUGAAAAACAGCAAAAAAGCUGAAUCAUCAGUAAAAGAGAAUUCACAGAAAAAUGGUAGACUCAACCAAGAAAUUCUUGCGUCAUCUUCGACAGACUACAAGAUGCCCCUUGUGUGGAUUGAUUUGGAAAUGACAGGUUUGGAUGUUACAACUGAUCGGAUACUGGAGAUUGCUUGUAUCAUAACAGAUGGUAAACUUACCAAGUCAAUUGAGGGCCCAGAUUUUGUUAUUAGUCAGACCAAGGAAUGUUUGGAUAAAAUGGGAGAGUGGUGUCGGGAGCACCAUGCAGCUAGUGGGCUGACGAAGAGAGUUCUGCAAAGUACAAUUUCCGAGCGUGAUGCAGAAAAACAAGUUAUAGAGUUUGUGAAAAAGCAUAUAGGCUCAGAUACUCCUCUAUUGGCUGGGAAUUCUAUUUAUGUUGACUUCUUAUUCUUAAAGAAAUACAUGCCAGAUCUCGCCGCAAUCUUCCCUCAUGUACUCGUCGAUGUCAGUAGUGUCAUGGCUUUAUGUAUCCGUUGGUUUCCCAGAGAAAAGAAGAAGGCUCCUCCAAAGGAGAAAAGGCAUAGAGCUAUGGAUGACAUCAAAGAAAGCAUCAGGGAGCUCAAAUACUACAAGGAAAGCAUUUUCAAAUUGCCGAAGUCCAAAUAGUGACUAAUCGGCUAUAUUAUCGCAAGUGCUCGAUCAACCUACCUAUAGAGAAUUUUGUUGCAACUUGGUCCGGAUCAACCGAUUGGCUGAUGACUUUCGCACGAUGCUGCACGCAAUGAAGGAAUGCUCAGUUUCCUUCCGCCUUUGGAUGAGAUUCGAUUGGUGUUAUCGGUCGUGGUCUGUGACGCGCAAAAGAAAGAUUUAAGAGAUUCUGAUUCUGUAUUUAAUGUGUUUUAUUGAACACGUAUUCUAUUUGUACAGCAUAGAACAGUCAGGUUCUCGAAACAAAGUUUCUUGGUAUUAUCUCUCAAACAGCAUUUUCUACUUAACUGUCUCAUGGUGCUUUUAGUGGCGGCAAUAUGUAAUUCGACGCAAUCGACUGAUCCAGCGUAAUAGAUUUGCUUUUGUUGAAGCUGACAUAUGGGUUGGAUGUGGACACUAGAUUAGAACAAAUGGAGCCAUUUUUCCUGUUA